GAACAGGAAACAGUUACGAUGGCUUAUCAGGUGACCCAGCUACCAAGUCCCCUAGCGAAGUUGGGUGAGGGACCAGUUUGGGAUAUCGAUACCCAGAGCCUCUACUAUGUGGACAUCUCCACUCCCGCCGUUCUGCGUUACGAUUAUAAGGAAAACCGAACGUACAGCGCUAAACUGGAUGGCGCAGAUUCAAUCUCGUUUCUUGUGCUCGUUGCUGGGAAACCUGAUCAUUUUGUGAUCGGCGAAAACCACCGAGUUAUGUUGAUCCACUGGGAUGGCCGGUCGGAAAAAGCCAGCCACAUUAGCACGCUUGCUGAUCUAGGAACAACACAAAGCCAUGUACGUUUCAACGAUGGAAAGGUUGAUCCGUCGGGUCGUCUGUAUGCCGGCACGAUGCUACUAGAAUCGGUUGGUGAUCCAAAUAUCCAGAAAGACGGACAAUUCUUUCGCUACGACAAUGGCACAAUGGUGCCACUGAAGAGAAAUGUUAGCAUCUCGAACGGGCUAACAUGGGACGAACCGACCAAUCCGUUGCGGAUGUACUACAUUGACUCACCAACGCUAGAGGUGAAGGCGUUCGAUGUUGACGGGGAAGGUGAUUUGAAGAACGAGACCGUGUUUUUCGACUUACGAGUCAACGGUACUGCUCCAGGUUACGUACCCGAUGGUAUGACUUCCGAUGCCAACGGUAACUUAUACGUAGCCACCUGGGGUGGCUGGAAGGUGCUGAAGGUUGAUAAGAAGACUCGGAAAGUUCUACAGGAAAUCAAAAUACCAGCUGAACAAGUUACGUCCGUAGCAUUUGGCGGUCCUCUGCUGGACGAGUUGUUUGUCACUUCCUCGCUGCAAGGCGAUAAACCAGCUCCCGCUGGAGCCUUGUUUAAAGUUACAGGUCUGGGUGUAAAGGGAAAACCUAUGCACAAGAUGGUUUUAUAAACCAGGCACAGUCAUUAUAAAACACGAUCAUAACUUUAAUGUGAAAUAAACCAA